AAAUCGCACCUUCCAUGACGAGUAUCUGGACUGGAUAUAUUCGAUUGUCUUUCUUCUCCGUCAGCUUUCCAAUCACAACGUUACCAUAUUUCAUUAUCGACAUUCAUCAACUAUAUCAACAUGGAGCCAGACAAGACGCUCAAUGCAUUCUUAGGACUGCUGGACGGAGAAAUCAUGCCCUCCUCCAGUUGCACGCCCAACUCAUCGGACUGCACACACUACUGCCCCCACAGCACAACGCGUUUCCGUCCCUUCAACAUUCGUCUUUCUAAUCCAAAGGAUGACUAUGAACCGUUUGAGUUACUCGACGUUUUGAACAAAAGUUACGGACGUCUAGAUGAGUUCUCAACCCUUGUCAUCAACAACCUUCUCGACCAGAAGUUUCCAUUCACUAUCUACACCUUCGUCUCAAACAAAGUAUCCUCGCCCGCGCUGAUGGUCAGAAUGACUAUCUGGACAAGGGCGGAGAUUGUUACGGAGCUCCUGAAUAGACGUGUCAAGUCCCAUGUUGCCAGCACUUCGCCGACAAGACCAGAAACAUCACUCAAAGAAAUUGCAAGUCCUAGUUUCGGGUGGCUGAGAAUUGCCCACCAUUCAGAUGGAUUCAGACACUGGUCGACACGACGAAUGGGUCAAAGACCUUGGUUCGAUAUGGUGCAGCAGGCCAACGUCCGCCCUACUUCGGGUCAUGAGAAACUUUUGUACAAGUCGGAGAAAGAGAAACUCGAGUCUUUAGGGUUGACUGAAACAGCAAGACUCCCAUAUGCCAGUCCGUUGCUUCGAACUCGGAGCGAAUCUACUCAAGUGGAUACGCAGGACGACCAGACACAGGACGACCAGACACAGGACGACCAGAUACAGGACGAUCAGACACAGGACGACCAGAUACAGGACGAUCAGACGCAGGACGACCCGGCGGAGGACGACCAGACGCAGGACAACCAGAUGCAGGACGACCAGGCGCAGGACGAUCAGACGCAGGACGAUCCGGCGGAGGCGACCAGUCGGAGGACGGCCAGACGCAGGACGACCAAGCGGAGGACGACCAGGCGGAGGCCAGAAGACACACCGUCAAAUGAUGUGCAGACGGCGGCCACGCAGCAAGAGAACGUACAGGUAGGGCAAACGCGGCCAGAGAGUAGGCAACCAGAGAGCACACAGCAGGAGUCCACGCAUACAAAGAACCCACAAACAAACACGAAAAUGGCGGGCGCGCCGCCACAGGAUGCCUGGAGUGUCGCGAGCCGUAUCCUGAGCUUCAUGAUGCAACUGCUUGUUGUGCUGCUGAUAAUUAGCACUGUGGUAUCGUGGUUGUUCGGUGCUUUGUUGAAGAAACCGUUCGGCCGUUCGUCGUCUUCCAACUCCUCCAAAAGCAAGAAGUCUGCUGCAAGCUCAGCCAAGAACGACACCUUCAACAACAACAAAGGCGCCAACACGGGCCUCACAACCCCUAGCUUUGAAAUUCUCGGUCCUGUUUCGACAAAGUCAGAGUCUUCUUCCAAAUCGGGCUCAGUACAGCCCGGUACACUGGACGACGUUUCUCCUGCUAGUGCCCUGGAGGCCUUGAUGCAGGAUGAAGCCGACUGCGCUGCUGAUAGAUUUGGGGAAGUCAUUGAAGGUUUGAACGCGGGACUCAAAACGAAGACGCUCUCAGAAUUGAAAGCAUAUUAUGACAAGAUCGACCCUUCUCUUGAGUUCUUGAGGUUUUUGUUCAAUAUAGCUGUUCUUGAGAAGUUGACGGAAGAGGCCGAAAGGGGGUUGGAACUUCUGUGAAGAAGGCAGAUAUCAGUUGGGUGAACAGUCGCAUGGAAAGAGCCAUCGGUUGGAAUUCUGGGGUUGACAAUGCACUCUUUACCCUAC